UCCCUGUGUGAGAGGAGAGAGAAAACAUCUUCCAGGUUCCAGCAAUGGCGGCUGCUGAUCUGAGAGCUGAACUGACCUGCUCCGUGUGCCGGGAGAUUUAUACCGACCCUGUAACCCUGUUGUGUGGCCAUAACUUCUGUCUCAUCUGUAUUGAGAGAACAUGGGACUGGCAGAAGAGUAUAGAGAAUAAGCCUUCCUGCCCUGAAUGUAGAAGGACAUAUAGAAGGAAACCUGAACUGGAAAGGAACCUGAGACUGAGGAACAUAGCAGAGCAAUUCCUUUCUACUGACCCACAGCAGGAUGGGACUGGGAACUCUGGAGACUCAAAAUGCUCCUCACACAACAAGAUCCUGGAGUAUUACUGCUAUAAGGAUGGUGUCUGUGUCUGUGUGUCCUGCUGCCUUGUGGGAAAACACAGGGGCCACAGGGUGGAGCUGCUGAGUGAGGCCUCUGAGAAGAAGAAAGAGAAACUGAGGAAAGUUCUGGAGAAACUGAGGCCAGAGAGAGAGGAGACUGAGAGAGGAGCCCAGAGACUGCAGGAGCGCAGGAGAGAAGUGGCAGAAAAAGCAGCCGGUGAGACAGAGAGAGUCACUGCCCUGUUUAGAGACAUCAGGGAACAGCUGGAAGCCCUAGAGAAGAGACUCCUGAGUGACAUCUCCAGACAGAAAAAGUUUCUCUCACUCACACUCACUGAUCUGAUGGAGGAGCUGGAAAUAAAGAAGGACGAGCUGUCCAGGAAGAUCCGUCACAUUGAGGAGCUGUGCAACAUGGCAGAUCCACUCACUGUCCUACAGGAACGGGAAUCACAUGGAGCUGCAGAUAAUGAGGGGGGCAGAGAGAGACAUGAUAUAAAGGUCCCUGCUGUAGGGGAUCUGGAUGUGGAUCUGAUCUCAGAGACAUUACUCACAGGCUUAGCUGCCAUUGUGACUGGGGUAAAGGGAAGGAUCUAUGGGCAGGAGGCUACAGACCUGUUACUGGAUAUAAACACGGCUCAUAAUCUUGUAUCUGUAUCAGGGGACAGGAAAUCUGCUUCCUACUCACGUACAGACCAGUGUCACCCACAAUCCCCAGAGAGAUUUCAGGUUUAUGCUCAGACUUUAAGCAGCAGGAGUUUCCCCUCAGGGCGACAUUACUGGGAAGUGGAGGGCAGUGAAUCAGGGGGCUGGAGGGUAGGGGUGGCCUAUCCCAGUAUAGAGAGGAGAGGGGAUCAGUCCUGUAUUGGGGAUAAUAACAAGUCCUGGUGUCUGCGCAGAUGGAAAAAUAAUAAAUAUUCAGUGAUACAUGACAAUAAAUGGACACAUUUACCCCACAUCCCUUCCUGCAGUAGAAUCAGGAUCUCAUUGGACUAUGAGGCCGGACGUCUGUCCUUUUAUGAGCUGAGUGAGCCAAUCAGACACUUACACACCUUCACUGCCACAUUCACUGAGCCCCUUCAUGCUGCAUUCUGGGUAUUUGGUUAUAAUUGCUGGGUGAGAAUCAUUAGUUAGGGAACUGCCCACCUGUCCAACAUCAGGAAACCCAUUCCCAUUCUGGGGGAUAAUUCCCUUCUGCUUCUGUAUUACAUUAUUGCAUUUAUGUGUAUAUGUAUCUGUAUUGCCUACAUCAUUUAAUUCAUUAUACAGUAUGGAUCCUUAGCUAUUUGAUUUACUGAUUUAUAUACAUUGCUGUAACUAGGGAAGCACCAAAUCCUGGUCUGGAUGUGACCACAUUUUAGCACUUUUUGUAGGACUUGGAUUUGGUGGAGUCGUGAGUGUUCAGCACAACCCAAAUCCAAACCUUUAUAGAGGAAUUAAAUCUAAAGAAAGAAUUAAGGGCCACACAUAGGGUCACAUUCUAAUCAAUAAGAAAAUGUUAUUUUAUACUGUUAUGUGAAAACUUAUGGGCAACAUUCAGUGGGUUAUUUACUAAAACUCAAAAUGUUGUCAAUAUUUUAUUAAAACAAAAUCAACCAAACUUCCAUCCACAAAAAUAACUUGAAAAGUUUGGUAAGUCAAAAACUCAAUGAAAUUGUAUGAAAAUUCGAAUCAUAAGAAUUUUCAGAUUUGACCCCAGAAAAUCACAAAUUUUUUGGAUUAUCGUUCAAAACCCAGUGCAGAUCACAAUAUCCUCAAAUUAUAAAAGGAACGUCUGCCAAAGGUUGUGGAGCUCCCUGAUUGUGCUGAAUUGGAUAUUCUUGUAAUUACCAUCAUACGAAGAUAGAAAUGUUUUUACCUUUACUUGUGUGUGUGUGUAAGUUAUUGCUCACAAUCAGUAUAGCAACAGGUUUAAUUAUUGAUCCCGUAUAUUUGUAUUAAUAAUGAUAUGAAUUAAUACAAUUAUUAAUAUUGAUAAAGGUUCACCCCUUUAUUACACCCUUUAAAUUGCAUUCAUUUUUCUCAUCAAAUUGAAUGUGGGGGCACUAUAUUCUGUACCAACCCAUGCCCCCCAUUCCUUUAGCCCUUGUAGUUGCCCCCAAUAUCUUCUUUAGCAGUUACCUGAGCUCAGGGACCCACCCCACACAACAUUCUUUGUAUUCACCACUGUUUGUUGUGUCCACUGGCCCCAAAGUGUGUGAGUGAGUGUGUGUGUGAGUGUGUGUGUGUGUGUGUGAGUGU